CUGCGCCUGAUUCUCAGCUCGCCCCUGCACCUCCGGGGCCAGGGCGUGGGCUGGGGGAGGGGACGCGCAGCUCAGGACCCGGAACGUCGCAUUCCAGUUUUGGGAGUUGGGACUCACUGCCCCACGCCGCGUACCUGCGUCGGAGUCCCCCGAAAGGUUUUUUUCAGAAAAGACCUCGAGCCGCGGGCUUCUCUUGGCCAGCGCCCACCCGGCGGCCACCCCACAUUGGGCCUUUGCGCAGAUGUUGGAGCUCCGUGCGCAGCCCACACCUUUGGGACCCCUACAGGGAGCUGCGGCCACCGGGGCCGGGCCAUCUCUGGGGACUUCCUCGCGGUUUCAUCGAGCCGGUUCUCGGACUUUCAGCUGUGGCGUGGGAGGCUGGGAGACCCGGGCACCCGCGCAGCCAGCCAGAUCUUACAGGUGAACAAGGUGAUGUCCAUCUUGUUUUAUGUGAUAUUCCUCGCUUAUCUCCGUGGCAUCCAAGGUAACAACAUGGAUCAAAGGAGUUUGCCGGAAGACUCGCUCAAUUCCCUGAUAAUUAAGCUGAUCCAAGCAGAUAUUUUGAAAAACAAGCUCUCCAAGCAGGUGGUGGACGUUAAGGAAAGUUACCAGGGCACCCUGCCGAAAGCAGAGGCCCCCCGAGAGCCAGAGCGGGGAGAGCCCACCAAGUCAGAAUUCCAGCCAGUGAUUGCAAUGGACACCGAGCUGCUGCGGCAGCAGAGACGCUACAACUCACCACGGGUCCUGCUGAGCGAGAGCACCCCUUUGGAGCCCCCGCCCUUGUAUCUCAUGGAGGAUUACGUGGGCAACCCCGUGGUGGCGAACAGAACAUCACGGCGGAAACGGUACGCAGAGCAUAAGAGUCACCGAGGGGAGUACUCGGUAUGUGACAGUGAGAGUCUGUGGGUGACCGACAAGUCGUCGGCCAUCGACAUUCGGGGACACCAGGUCACGGUGCUGGGGGAGAUCAAAACCGGCAACUCUCCCGUCAAACAAUAUUUUUAUGAAACGCGAUGUAAGGAAGCCAGGCCAGUCAAAAACGGUUGCAGGGGCAUUGAUGAUAAACACUGGAACUCUCAGUGCAAAACGUCCCAAACCUAUGUCCGUGCACUGACUUCAGAAAACAACAAACUCGUGGGCUGGCGGUGGAUACGGAUAGACACAUCCUGUGUGUGUGCCUUGUCGAGGAAAAUCGGAAGAACAUGAAUUGGCAUCUCUCCCCGUAUAUAAAUUAUUACUUUAAAUUAUAUGAUAUGCAUGUAGCAUAUAAAUGUUUAUAUUGUUUUUAUAUAUUAUAAGUUGACCUUUAUUUAUUAAACUUCAGCAACCCUACAGUAUAUAAGCUUUUUUUCUCAAUAAAAUCAGUGUGCUUGCCUUCCCUCAGGCCUCUCCCAUCUGUUAAAACUUGUUUUGUGAUCUGGCUCUCAGGAGUCACUCUGUAAAAUCUGUGUACACCAGUAUUUUGCAUUCAGUAUUGUCAAGGCCGUGACUGUCGUUUUAGUAAACUUGUUAAAAUCA